AUGGAUUCCGAUAAACUUCAACAACUUGUGGCCGUCUGUCUUCCGGGCGCUCCGCUCGAUCUUCCAUAUGUUAUUACACGAGAAAUGUCCAAAGAAAGCCACGGUUCAUUGAUUCUCAAGUCUGCCAAUGCAUCGAUCGAUUUGAUGUUGAAAGAACGAAAUGUGAGAGAGCAAGUCAUUCAGUUCUUUCUAAACGGUAAGAUUUUAUUCUGUGAUUUCAAUAUAGUUUCUUUCCAGAAAAAAUGGAAUUUCUCAACUGUGAUUUUCUCCGAACACGACUCGAUCUUCUAUUGGAUAUUCUGGAACGAAUAGUGAAAAACGGCCGGCAAUUCCAAUCUUUCUACAUGACCGUUUUCAAAAAUCAUUUUCUGAUAGGUAUUGACGGUAGAAAAGUGAUGGAAUCGAAGAGGGAAAAAGAGGAAUUCUCGACGCACUGGCCGCGGAUCUUCACGAGACUCGCGUUUCUCAACAACUCCAGAUUCAUCAUCGUAGUGUUCAAGGGUUGGAAAACGAUAAAAUAAAAACUUCUCAAAGACUGUUGAUUCAGAUGAACCCAGAGACCAAUCGACGCAACGCUGUGACGCCUUUCUAGAGAGUUUCGAAAGAGUUCGUACUCCAAUGGGAUGGAAAUCGCCGGCGAACGGACAGCGGACCUACGUGAUCAACAAGUUUAUAAUCAAUGAAGAAGCAUUUGCUAUUCUAGAUGCGAGAAACUUUUCGAGUGGACAUGAUUUCGUCUGGGGAUAUGUUGCUUGA